AUGGGUCAGACUCUAUCGGAGCCCGUUGUCGAAAAGACUUCGGAGAAGGGUGAGGAUGAGCGCCUCAUCUACGGUGUUUCGGCCAUGCAAGGCUGGCGCAUUAGUAUGGAGGAUGCUCACACCGCAGUACUCGACCUCGACUCAGCCAAGUCUCACUCCAGCAAGCUGUCCUUCUUCGGUGUUUUCGACGGACACGGUGGUGACAAGGUGGCACUAUUUACCGGCCAAAACAUUCACAACAUUAUCUUCAAGCAGGACACCUUCAAGUCUGGUGACUAUGCUCAGGGUCUGAAGGACGGUUUCCUCGCGACCGAUCGCGCUAUUCUCAACGACCCGAAGUACGAAGAAGAGGUUUCCGGUUGCACAGCCUGUGUCAGCUUGAUCGCUGGCAACAAGCUCUAUGUUGCCAACGCUGGUGAUUCGAGAGGUGUUCUUGGUAUCAAGGGUCGUGCCAAGCCUUUAUCUCAGGACCACAAGCCCCAACUCGAGAACGAAAAGAACCGAAUCACAGCUGCCGGUGGCUUUGUCGACUUCGGCCGAGUGAACGGAAACCUCGCCCUCUCGCGUGCUAUUGGUGAUUUUGAAUUCAAGAAGAGUGCUGAGUUGUCCCCCGAGAACCAAAUUGUCACAGCCUACCCCGAUGUUGAGCAACAUGAUCUUACAGACGAGGAUGAAUUCCUGGUUAUUGCUUGUGAUGGUAUCUGGGAUUGCCAAUCCUCUCAAGCCGUGGUUGAGUUCGUCCGACGAGGCAUCGCUGCCAAGCAGGAGCUCGACAAGAUUUGUGAGAACAUGAUGGACAACUGUCUUGCCUCCAACUCCGAGACCGGUGGCGUUGGCUGCGACAAUAUGACCAUGGUCAUCAUCGGCUUCCUCAACGGAAAGACCAAGGAAGAAUGGUACGAGGAGAUCGCCCGCCGGGUCGCCAACGGAGAUGGCCCAUGUGCUCCUCCCGAGUACGCCGAAUUCCGAGGACCUGGAGUCCACCACAACUUUGAGGAUAGCGACAGUGGCUAUGAGAUGGACCCUGAAAACAAGGGACGAAGCUUUGGAGUUGAUGAUACAGAAAUGUUUGACAACGCCGACGAAGACAAAGACCUCGCCAGCCAGGUCACCAAAAACCCGUCAUCCGCCGAGAAGGACACCGCUCCUGUAACUGCCCCUGGCGCCACCGCCGCCGCCGAUAACGCUUCCGCCGAUACGAAACCUGCCGAUGCAACCGUUACGAAGCCUACCGACAAGGACGCAGCGGAGGAAGUGAAGAAGGAGGCCAGCGCCCAGGAAAUCAAGAAGGAAGAAUAG